AUGAGGCAGCAGUUAUUGCCUGGAGGCAGCGGUUACCGCCUCGAGCCUCCAGAGGAAAUGGAAUCGCGCAAGGAAAAUUUAAAAAGGCGUGGAAUCGUCAUGUCUGAAUUUCGACCUCACGCGUCUCAGAAACUGGCUCGAGAAGAUUGUAUGCGCAAAUCCGAAGAAAUUAAGCCACGUAAGAGCUCAGAAGGUAAGGUGGAUCCGGAGCUGAUCUUCACGAAGCAGGAGCGGAUCGGGAAGGGCUCGUUCGGGGAGGUGUUCAAGGGGGUGGACAACCGGACGGGGGAUGUGGUGGCCAUCAAGAUCAUCGAUCUGGAGGAAGCCGAGGACGAGAUCGAGGACAUCCAACAGGAGAUCAUGGUCCUCUCCCAGUGUGAUAGCCCCUACGUUACCAAAUACUUCGGAUCCUAUCUCAAGGGCACAAAGUUAUGGAUCAUCAUGGAGUAUCUCGGUGGUGGAUCGGCCCUGGACCUGAUGAAGGCAGGCUCCUUCGAGGAGAUGCACAUUGCCAUCAUCCUCCGGGAGGUCCUCAAGGGACUUGACUAUCUCCACUCCUCCAACAAGCUCCAUCGAGAUAUCAAAGCUGCAAAUGUGCUCCUGAGUGAGAGGGGGGAGGUGAAACUGGCAGACUUUGGUGUUGCUGGUCAGCUCACAUCCACCACAUCCAAGCGCAAUACCUUUGUUGGUACCCCCUUCUGGAUGGCUCCUGAGGUCAUCAAGCAGUCUGCCUAUGACUCUAAGGCGGACAUCUGGUCUCUGGGGAUCACAGCAAUUGAGCUAGCAAAGGGGGAACCACCAAAUUCAGAUAUGCACCCAAUGCGAGUCCUCUUCCUCAUCCCGAAGAACACUCCCCCACAGCUCCAGGGAAACUAUACCCGCCCAUUUAAGGAGUUUGUGGAUGCAUGCCUGAACAAGGACCCCGAGAACCGACCUGCAGCGCGGGAGCUCCUCCGGCACAUCUUCAUAAAGCGUGCCAAGAAGAAUAGCUACCUCAUUGACCUCAUUGAGAAAUAUAAGCGGUGGAAGGACACUCAUGCCGACGACUCAGAUUCAGACUCGGAUGCCUCUGGAUCUGGGGAUUCUCAUGGAGAGAGUGACACAGAACCCUGGAUCCUGACCAUCAAGGGAGCCCCAAAUGUGAAUGCAAUCCCAGGAAUGGAGCCAAGGGAGCCAGAAAGCCUGAGCAUGGGGUUUGGGAGCUUGGAGCCGGGUACAAGCCCCCCCAAGAGCCUAUCCCUGUCCCUGUCGCCUGCCUCUCGUGUGCCCAAUGGGGGCUCCCCACCCUCCCUCAGUGAUACCUCCACUUCCUCCACCUCCUCUCCCUCCCCAGUGUCCUCACCAGUCAAGAAUGAACGUAACAAUGUGUUGCGGACACCCCCAGUGAGACCGGCAGGACUGGCCCCGGCACCACCAGAUGUAGGAGUUCACAGGCAGUCCUGGCAUGCAGGCGAGGAGCGAAACAAUGCUGUCCCUGUCCCAGACCGGCGCAUGGUCCACGAGGCCGAGUCCAUUGAGCUCAAGGUUCCUGGACCCACCUCUGUCCCUAUCCCUGCCCCCAAGGACAGGUCCAGGGAAGUAUCAAAAGAGAAGGUGCUGACAACAUCCAGCUCUGGAGACAGGAAGAUGGGAAUGAAAGUGUUUGGAGUGGUGUCUCCUGUGAAGGCUCCACAGCAUGGACCAGGGCGUACCCCAGGAGGACACCAGACCAUCUCUCCUGUCCUCACCUCAGCCAUCUUCCCACUCAUCUCGGAGCUCCAGAGGCGGCACAAGGGCUCGGUGAGGGGUGAGGGGGGAUCCCGAACGGAUGCCAUAGAGGAACUGAAGGCUGCAUUCGAGCUGGCUGAGCGUUCAUCUCCUGGCCUGAGCGAGGCUUUCCUCUCGGAGCUCUUCACCCGUCUCCUGCCUGGCAUCACGGGGUCCAAGCUGAAGGAUGCCCUUGAUCAUAUUGGAGGGAGGGCAACGUGAAGAUGCAAUAUUGGGGAGUGUGCGUUCCUAGUGAGCCAAAAAACUGUGAUGGUGGUGGACCUCAUGUGGGGGAAACGAGAACAUGAUGGACCCUGAAGAUGAAAGUUGCAGCUGAGCAAAAUUAUGUGCUCACGUUCGUGUGGAGUGUCAACUCACGAGUGGGCAAGUUUUGUGCGAGGUGGUGAUGAUAAAUUAGUUGUGGUCAAGGCGUCUAUGGGUCAUCGUGUUCUAUUUAAAACUGCUUCUCGUGGAUCUUGUUUCUGUGAAGGUGCAAGUUCUUGCACAAGGUAUCACUCGGGCCUGAUCACGUUCACAUGCUGGCACUCACACGAUACUCUUUGGUAAGAAGAUGAUGCCGCUCGUGAGUUCUCACUUUUGCAAGUCCCAUGCCGGUUGCAAGUAUGAGUCAAUGCCACGCGAGUCUCGCAUGCCCCCAACGUCACCCCUCGUGAGUCCGUGAGAAGACAGCAUUCACAUAGGUGCCACAAGUUCACUCAUAAGGUGCAGCAGGAAACCAGCAAACAAACACACAUCACACCAAAUCACCUUCCACCUGUAUUGUGCAUGUGCCCCAUAGUGGGGUGUUGUCAGUGCCUUUUGCUGCCUGUGCUCUCCUCUUCUCAAACACACCAUUUUCUUUUCAUAGGAACAAUACUUGGGCAAAGUUGCAAAAUCCUUCUACGUGCCGAUUUUUCACGCCAUAUGUCUGUGAUUUUUUGGCGUGGGACACGCAUGAAUUCAUUCCAAACAAUUUUUUUUUGCACGACAGGCAGCUUGGCACAAGCGAUGUGAUCUCGCCUCCCAUUGGAUAUUUCCUUCGGCCUCGCAAUUUUCACUCUUGACUCAUGUAGCCUCUUUUUCUUCUCUGGAUUGGCCGAGCUGACACUCGAGGGCAUUUUUCGCAGAGGGUGUUCCGGUUGCUAAAAUAUGUUUUGCUGUUUUAGAGAAAGAUUUAAGAAGAAUGUAUAUGCCUGGAAUUUUAUCCAAGGAAUAAAAUACCUAUUGCUAUUCUCG